GUCAAGUGCGUAUUGAAUUUGUGGUGUGAUUGGGUCUGCAAUGUUUCCGAUUUCGUGUAAGGUUUCCACCGUGGAACCGACAACUUACUUUUUUUUCAAGUUUAGAUGUCGUUCAAGUUUGAGCAUUUACGCGAACAUACAACCUUGCGCAGGGACCUCUUGUUUAAUCUCUCGUCCCGCCACCUUGACCUGCAGGCUCGCAAAGAUCGGUGAGGGCCCGGAAGCCGAGGAGGUUGCUCUUUGGCCUGCGGUGUUCGAGAGUGCGGGGGGCGAUCCUCUGGGGGAAGGGAGCACAUGGAUGCACGUUCAGCUCGAAGGCGAGUGCGGCUGGGAGAAGCAGCAUAACCUCAGGACGAGCGGAAAGCUCGAAGAGCUUCCGGUCGACGAGAGACUCGAGCUGUGGUGCACGGAGCGGCAGCGUGUUCCAGCCCAACCGCUGCCGCCCGGGUUUCGCUUGCUGGAACCGAGGGAGGUGAUGGAGGUGGUGACGAGCGGAAAGCUCGAAGAGCUUCCGGUCGACGAGAGACUCGAGCUGUGGUGCACGGAGCGGCAGCGUGUUCCAGCCCAACCGCUGCCGCCCGGGUUUCGCUUGCUGGAACCGAGGGAGGUGAUGGAGGUGGUGUACCACGACGAGUGCGCCUACAAGCAGAACGACAGGGGCGGGGCAGCGUGGGAGAACGAUGAAAAGGGCGCAGCGAUGAGCCCGAAAAACGAGGGCGCCGCUGUCAUGGUGUCGGACUUGAUCGGCGAGGAACGCGGGCAGCUGGACAUCCCCGCUGAGGUGUACGCGAUCAUGCAGGAACACGGGACAAUGCCGAAGAGGGAGAUUACGGAUGAAGGAGCUACGCUCUCCCGCAGCGACACCUACGUCGGGCGUUGCAAGCCGUGCGAAGAGUACCCCGACGGCAUGAAGACGAAGAAGGUGUCUGAUGCUGUUCACUCGCUCGAGCGCGUUCUUUCGGAGCUGAACAUCGACUGCAAGGAAUCUGGGCCCGAGUACAACCUUGCGCGCUCGGCCAGGAUCAUCCUCCGGGUCGGCAAGAACCUCGACGGAUACUGGGAUAGCAACCGCUUGUGCGUGCAGCUUGAGGCCAUAUUCGCGGCGUUCGAGAUCUCGAGGGAACCAGGCCGACAGAUGCUCGCAGUCUUUGACAACUCCACCGGGCACAACGCAUACAGCCCCGACGCCUUGAGGGCGCAGAACAUCCGAGCCUCACCAGGGGGCGAGCAGAUCCCCCCCCGCAACUUCGAGUACAACGGCAGAACGAUCUACACGACGUUUCGGGAGGGCGACGUGCUGUGCUUCAGAUCCAGCCCCUUCGCUCGAAAGACGGAGGCGGAGGCCGUGGGAACGGUUGUCAAACGGGGGACCAGCUCGGAGAAGCUGAUUGGUGUCGCCAAGGGGAUGAAGGAGAUUCUGGAGGACAUGGGGCUGUACAAGCUAGCCAGCGAAACGAAAGCGCCACCGCUGCUGUGCCAAAGGUGCAAAGACGAGGCUAAGGCCAAGCGGGACAAGUCAACGAUGUACAACAAGGGGGGGGAGAGCCGGCAGCAGGCGCUCGAAGGCGAAGGAGACUCCGAUGAUUCGGACGAAGACAGCGAGGAAGGUGGUGCUCGCGAUGCAGCCAGAACAUCGAGAAGAUGCUGCUGCCAGCGAAUCAUCAGCGAGGUCAAGGCCUUCAAGGAGCAGAUGAAUCGGGUCGAGGAGCUGUUCGAAGCUGCUGGGCACGCAUGCAUUUUCCUCGCCAAGUACCACCCGGAGCUCAAUGCUAUCCAGCGUUUCUGGGGCUACACCAAGUCUAUCGAGCGCCGUGUCUGCGACUACUCCGUCCUGAGUCUGCUUGCAAGGCUUCCCAUGACGCUGAGCACUGUCUCUUUGUCACUGUGCCGAAAAUGGGCCCGUGUUUCCUGGCUGUACAUAUAUGCCUACAGCCACGGGCUUGAGGGCUACUUGCAAACCCGAGACCUCAAGAAGUGGACGAACCACCGCUCGCCCACCGACACGGCCGACAACGUGUUGCUGGCUCGUGGCCAAGCAACAACCGCGGAGGAGCGCAAGGCCAAAGAGCAGGCCGCCCUUGCCGCGGCCAAGGAGUACAGAAAAAAGUCUAACGAGGCUGCCGAUAAGAUAUUGAAGCGUUUCGUAGCGGCAAAGCUCGCACCACCUCACUUCACCGGCAGCACCAGCCGGCGCGAUGUUGUAUCUGUGUAACCAUAUAGGUAGAUAGAUAUUC